UCAAUAGAGAAAAAUAUUCGAAAAAAAAUUUAAUGAUUGUCUUAAAAGUUAAUUUGAAUAUAAUUUUCAUUGAUUUUUUUGUUUAAAUUUGGGUGUGGGUGGGUGUGGGGUGUGGGUGUGUAUGAAAAGAACAACUACAACUAAACCCACACCCACACCCACACCCACACCCACACCCACACCCACACCCACACCCCACACCCACACCCCACACCCACACCCACACCCACCCACACCCACACCCACACCCUGGUAAAGGUUAUGGUGUUCAUGUUGAACAAACAGGUAUUUUUCUACCCAUCCCAUUGAAAUAAAUCUUAGAUUGUUUUCUAUUUAUUUAGGUACGCAAGAAGCAAUGGAACGAUAUGGUCAUUUGUUAGAGAAAGCCCUACAAUCACGAAUGCAUGAAGAUAUUCCAUCCGGUUGCGAAGAGUGGAUGUUAAAAAAUGGAAAAGAGAAUAGAGGCAAAAAUUCUACAACAGCAGCAAUAUCAAGUUCUAAAUCACCACUAAACCAACAAUUAUCAUCACCGUCACACAACAAAAUUUCCUUACGAAACGUCGCAUUUGGUGAAAUACCAUCAUCUCCUGGAUAUGUUCUUCAUCAGGCAGUUUCGUCAUGUACGCACAAAAAUGAUUCAUUGAAUCAUGAGCGAGGGUUGAACGUAUGUGCACAAGAUAUAACAACAAGUGAUGAUGAUUUAUCUUUUUUACAUGAUGUUGGUGAAGAAGUUUCAUCAGACGAAGAACUAGAUGUGACGGUUAAGUCAUCAUGGAAUCCUAAAAUAUCAGCAACAAGAAGUACCAAGUCGAAAAAAGGUUUAGUAAAACAAAAAGAAACAUCAACUCCUAAGCGUUUACAUUUGUUGACUAAUGAUGAUGAUACUUUGCAUGAUGAUCAUUUAAUUUUACAACAAAUAUUCGAUUACGUAAAACAAAUCAAUUCAAACGUAUUGAAAUUACAAAAACAUCAACAACAAACAACAAUAAAUUUAGAUCGUCUAGAAAAAUUUUUAAAUAUAUUAUGUAAUAAUCAAAAGAAAAUUGCUAAAAGUUUGGUUAAACACAGGAUACCAAUUACUCUCGAGAAUGACAAUAGAAGUGUUGAAAUUGAUGGUGAACAAUCUGGUAAUCAGUAUGUAACAUUUGUCAGAGGUGAUGGCUCUGUCGUAGAACUAUUGUCUGUACCAGGCAAUAAACAAAAUACAAUCAAAUAUGCGUUGAAGUUAAUAGAUGUUUUGUUUACAGACAUACAAGAUUUUCAAAAUAUCAAUGUGAAGAAAGCUGAUGAAGAUCCACGUAUAAAAUCUAUUUAUACGGCUGUGAAACGAAAAUUCGAUUAUUCUGCGGAUGAAAUGUCUUGUGUUUGGCCUCCAAUACACGAUUCUAUUUUAAGUAAACGUCGCAAUGAACAAAAAAAAUUAAAAAUAUCUACAGAUACAAGUAAUGUAUCAUCGUUUCUUAUAUAUACUUUACCACUUUUAUCAUUUCUACAGAUUUCACCAAUCAAACCAUGUCAACUUCAGUAA